UUAAAAUUAUUUUUAUUUUAUCAUUUUUCUCUGAUAAUUUUAUUAUGGAAAAUUACAAUAUAAAUUCGUUUUUUGAUUUACAUUCAAGCAGUUCCGAUGCGGAUGAUGAGGAUAAUUCCUUAAUUAAUCCACAAAAUAAAUUUAUUAAAAAAGAAUUUCAUAUUGACAAAAGAGGCAAAAGAUGGGAAUUUUUACAAAAAAUUAUGUCUCAAAAGGAUUUGGAUAUUGUUUGUGAGGAAAAUUUACUUGAAAUGUUGGAUGAGAGAAGCGAUAGAAUACGUUUUUGGUAA